CUUCGUUUGGCGCGCUCGACCUAGGGAGCGGUUUUGGAUUCUCUUGGCUUUUCUCACAGAUCUCCUCGGGGUUGGAGUAUUUUUGUAGCGUGCUGGCCUCUGCUGUAGCCAUGCCGUUGUCUAUGCUGGGCUCGGCGAUGGUGGCCUCUACGUCGGCCGCCACCCUGCAGGAAGCUUUGGAAAAUGCGGGGAGGCUUAUCGACCGACAGUUGCAGGAAGACCGCAUGUACCCAGACCUUUCUGAACUGCUCAUGGUGUCGGCCCCAAACAGUCCCACUGUCUCUGGAAUGUCCGAUAUGGAUUACCCUCUGCAAGGACCCGGGUUACUGUCAGUGCCCAGCCUUCCAGAGAUCAGCACUAUCCGAAGAGUUCCUCUCCCACCUGAGCUGGUUGAACAGUUUGGACAUAUGCAGUGUAACUGCAUGAUGGGUGUUUUUCCUCCUAUCAGCAGAGCUUGGCUUACGAUUGACAGUGACAUAUUCAUGUGGAACUAUGAAGAUGGAGGUGACCUUGCUUAUUUUGAUGGACUCAGCGAGACAAUUCUUGCUGUGGGGCUUGUGAAACCAAAAGCUGGCAUCUUUCAGCCUCAUGUAAGACACCUGUUGGUUUUGGCAACCCCUGUGGAUAUAGUAAUUCUUGGACUCAGCUAUGCUAACGUACAAACAGGUUCUGGCAUUCUCAAUGACAGCAUGUUUGGUGGGAUGCAGUUGCUUCCAGAUCCUUUGUACUCUCUUCCCACUGACAACACAUAUCUUUUAACAAUCACCUCCACGGAUAACGGCAGAAUUUUUAUGGCUGGAAAGGACGGCUGUUUGUAUGAAGUAGCAUACCAAGCAGAAGCAGGCUGGUUCAGUCAGAGAUGUAGGAAGAUAAACCACUCAAAGAGCUCACUUUCCUUCCUUGUUCCUUCUUUGUUGCAAUUCACAUUCUCAGAGGAUGAUCCUAUUGUUCAAAUUGAAAUUGAUAAUUCCAGAAAUAUUUUGUAUACACGAUCAGAAAAAGGAGUAAUACAGGUUUAUGAUUUGGGCCAUGAUGGACAGGGCAUGAGUCGAGUUGCCUCAGUGUCACAGAAUGCCAUUGUCUCUGCUGCUGGAAACAUUGCUAGGACUAUUGAUCGUUCUGUUUUUAAGCCAAUUGUUCAGAUAGCAGUAAUUGAAAACUCUGAAUCACUGGAUUGUCAGUUACUGGCUGUCACUCACGCAGGUGUGAGGUUGUAUUUCAGCACUUGCCCAUUUAGACAGCCAUUAGCUCGGCCCAAUACGCUGACGCUGGUUCAUGUCCGGUUACCUCCUGGAUUCUCAGCAUCUUCAACAGUCGAAAAGCCUUCGAAAGUACAUAAAGCUCUUUAUAGUAAAGGAAUUUUACUGAUGACAGCCUCUGAAAAUGAAGAUAAUGACAUUUUAUGGUGUGUCAACCAUGAUACAUUUCCUUUCCAAAAGCCAAUGAUGGAAACUCAGAUGACAACUCGUGUUGAUGGUCAUUCCUGGGCUCUUUCUGCAAUAGAUGAAUUAAAAGUAGACAAAAUAAUCACACCUUUAAAUAAAGAUCAUAUUCCAAUAACUGACUCACCAGUUGUUGUACAGCAGCACAUGUUGCCUCCGAAGAAAUUCGUUCUCCUCUCAGCACAGGGUAGUCUUAUGUUUCACAAACUUAGACCUGUAGAUCAGCUGAGACAUUUGCUUGUGAGUAAUGUGGGCGGAGAUGGAGAAGAAAUUGAGAGAUUCUUCAAAUUACAUCAGGAAGACCAAGCUUGUGCAACUUGCCUUAUUCUUGCUUGUUCCACUGCUGCCUGUGAUAGAGAAGUGUCUGCUUGGGCUACACGGGCAUUCUUUAGGUAUGGUGGUGAAGCACAGAUGAGAUUUCCGGCUACUCUUCCCACUCCAAGUAAUGUUGGUCCGAUCCUGGGGUCUCCUAUGUAUUCUAGUUCUCCUGUCGCUAGUGGAAGUUCCUAUCCAAAUCCAUCUUUUGGGACACCCUCCCAUGGUGCUCAGCCCCCUGCCAUGUCAACCCCAAUGUAUGCUGUUGGAAACCCACCGAUGCAGGCUGCAAGUAUGAGUGGUUUGACUGGACCAGAGAUUGUGUACUCAGGAAAACACAAUGGUAUUUGCAUUUACUUUUCUCGAAUCAUGGGAAAUAUUUGGGAUGCUAGCUUGGUUGUUGAAAGAGUAUUCAAGAGUUCCACCAGGGAGAUCACUGCAAUUGAAAGCAGUGUGCCCAGCCAGCUGCUAGAGUCAGUACUGCAGGAGCUAAAGGGUUUGCAGGAAUUUCUGGACAGGAAUUCCCAGUUUUCAGGAGGACCACUAGGAAAUCCAAAUGCUACUGCAAAAGUGCAGCAGAGGCUGGUGGGAUUCAUGCGUCCCGAGAAUGGAAACACCCAGCAAAUGCAACAGGAACUGCAGAGGAAGUUUCAUGAGGCUCAACUGAGUGAGAAGAUUUCACUUCAAGCAAUCCAGCAGCUGGUUAGAAAAUCGUAUCAGGCUCUGGCUUUGUGGAAACUCCUUUGUGAACAUCAGUUUACUGUCAUUGUGGGAGAACUUCAAAAGGAAUUCCAAGAGCAGCUGAAGAUCACCACCUUUAAGGAUCUGGUUAUCAGAGAUAAAGAGCUCACGGGAGCAUUAAUUGCUUCUCUUAUCAACUGCUACAUCAGAGACAAUGCUGCUGUAGAUGGUAUUAGCUUACAUCUUCAGGACAUCUGCCCACUUUUGUACAGCACAGAUGAUGCAGUUUGUUCUAAGGCAAAUGAGCUUCUUCAACGUUCCCGACAAGUUCAAAGUAAGAGUGAAAAAGAAAGAAUGUUAAGGGAGUCACUGAAGGAAUAUCAAAAAAUCAGCAACCAAGUAGACCUUCCCAGUGUUUGUGCUCAGUAUAGGCAAGUGCGCUUUUAUGAAGGUGUGGUGGAACUUUCUCUUACUGCUGCCGAAAAAAAAGAUCCUCAGGGUCUUGGCCUUCAUUUCUAUAAACAUGGAGAACCAGAAGAGGAUGUAGUUGGUCUUCAGACUUUCCAAGAGAGAUUAAACAGUUACAAGUGUAUCACAGACACCCUUCAAGAACUGGUAAAUCAAAGUAAGGCUGCUCCUCAGUCUCCUAGUGUACCCAAAAAACCUGGUCCUCCGGUGUUGUCAUCAGAUCCCAACAUGCUGAGCAAUGAAGAAGCAGGACAUCACUUUGAACAAAUGCUUAGAUUGGCUCAGCGGUCCAAGGAUGAGCUCUUUAGUAUUGCUCUUUAUAAUUGGCUGAUACAAGCUGACCUUGCAGAUAAACUACUACAGAUUGCUUCUCCAUUUCUGGAGCCACAUUUAGUCCGAAUGGCCAAAGUGGAUCAAAACAGAGUUCGAUAUAUGGAUUUACUCUGGAGGUACUAUGAGAAGAACAGAAGUUUCAGUAGUGCAGCUCGAGUCCUAUCCAAGCUGGCCGACAUGCACAGCACAGAAAUUUCACUUCAGCAGCGACUGGAAUACAUUGCUCGAGCCAUUCUUAGUGCAAAAAGUUCUACUGCCAUUUCAUCCAUAGCUGCAGAUGGCGAGUUCCUGCAUGAAUUAGAAGAGAAGAUGGAAGUUGCUAGGAUCCAGCUUCAGAUACAAGAGACACUUCAAAGGCAGUACUCCCAUCAUUCUUCAGUGCAGGAUGCAAUUUCUCAGCUGGAUUCUGAGCUGAUGGACAUUACUAAGCUUUAUGGGGAAUUUGCAGACCCAUUUAAACUCGCAGAGUGUAAACUCGCAAUCAUUCAUUGCGCUGGUUACUCAGAUCCCAUAUUGGUACAUACACUUUGGCAAGAUAUUAUAGAGAAAGAAUUGAAUGAUAGUGUAACAUUGAGUUCAUCAGACCGAAUGCAUGCUCUUAGCCUCAAACUUGUCCUCCUUGGCAAAAUCUAUGCUGGCACACCUCGUUUCUUUCCUUUGGAUUUUAUUGUACAGUUCCUGGAGCAGCAAGUUUGUACUUUGAACUGGGAUGUGGGGUUUGUGAUACAGACCAUGAAUGAAAUCGGAGUGCCCUUACCGAGACUACUAGAAGUUUACGAUCAGCUCUUCAAAUCACGGGAUCCAUUCUGGAACAGAGUGAAAAGGCCACUGCACCUUUUGGAUUGUAUCCAUGUAUUGUUGACAAGAUACGUUGAGAAUCCUAGCCAAGUUUUAAAUUGUGAUAGGAGAAGAUUUACGAACCUCUGCCUGGAUGCUGUUUGUGGUUAUCUGGUGGAGCUCCAGUCAAUGAGCUCCUCAGUAGCGGUACAAACCAUCACUGGGAACUUUAAAUCUCUCCAAGCAAAGUUGGAACGCCUCCAUUAAUUAUUGUAGUAUAUAUUCUUGCUUGCAUUUUUGUCUGUAAAAUAAAAGUUCAGCUGGGUCCAGAAAUCAGGUGUUGUAUACCUAAGAAUUUUGGUAAAAUUUGUUUUUAAUGAGUGAUAGUUAUCUACAAGUAGUACAUUGCCAAAUGAAUUCGUUUUUAUAACUAGUAUUUUUUUUAAUUGAUUAGGUGGGCCCAAAUAUGUAGCUUAAUAGUAGAACAUUUGUGUAGUAUGUAAAAUGCCCUGGAUUCACUGCCUAACACCACAUACAACCCAACAAUUUGCAAAAAACUGCAAUAAGAUUAUAUGUGAUUCUGACACAGAGAUAAUGUUAUUUUAAAUUUUUUUUUCUGGUAACAAUUUUGAAUUUGUAUUAUUUAUUUCCAGGGUUAUCUAGAAUGUUGGUAUCAAAACUUUUAAGCUAAGCCAGGUGUGGUGGCACAUGCCUUUAAAUAUAGCACUUGGGGAGGCAAUGGCAGGCAGAUCUCUAGAACUCAUGGAACGGAGAAUUCCAGGCCAAGGGCUACAUAGUAAGACCUUGUCUCACGGGAAAAAAAAACAACCUUAUAGGUUGUGUCUUUCUCAUAGUGUUAGAUUCUGUAAUAGUCCUAAAUGUACAUUUUAAAUUAGUUUUUAGGCAUUUCAUGAAUCACUAAUUUUACCCGUUACAGCCCCUUAGCUUUUCUUUCCCUCUUUCUCUCUUUCUCUCUCUCACCAUAAAUAUGUAAAUUAGAUUUUACAUAGACAUUUAUUUGUGUGAGGGGUAUUAUAUAUGUUGUAUAUACAUACAACAGGAUUCAGGACUGUUUGAGCAUGUGAUAAACUUAUAACACUGUUGUUUGUACUUCAAACCUACAUGAUUAGCCAGCUGUGGUGGUGCUGGCCUUUAACUGUAGCACUUGGGAGAAGAGAAGGGGAACUCUGAGUUCAAGGCCAUCCUGGUCUACAUAGUGAGCUAUAAUUCAACCACAACUAUACAGUAACUACUGUUUCCUUAGGAUCCUCACUCAGAGUAUGUAUGCUUCAAGCUAGCAACAUCAGAGAAGUUAAAUUCCUGGGUCCCCUAUCAGAUCUACCAAAUAAAAAUCCUUAACAUAAGUGCCUAUUUUUGUGUUUUAACAACCUUUCCAGAUUCAUGUCACAUCAAAAACAACCACUUGUAAAUCCUUUGUUUUCUAUAGUUUCUGGGCUGAGUUCCCUCUCUGAUUUGAUUUCUCCAGCCCUCUUUCUUACCAGUGACCACAACACAAGUUUUAUCCAAGUCAUAGUGGAUAAAGCAGAGUUUUUAGUAAUCUAGGUUUUGGUUUUUUGUUUUGUUUUGUUUUGUUUUGUUUUUAGUGGUGGGUUGAAUCCAGGGUCUUGUUGCUAAACAAGUAGGUAUUCUGCCACUGGAGCUCUACCCUAACCCUGAGCUAUCUUUAAUGUGUUAGAAUAGCGCACUAAAAACACGCGUACACAGCACUAUCAAUGACAAAAGGGAAGAAUGAGAAUGACUAAGGCUGGAAGGAGAACCAGAACUGCUUCCCAUUCUCCGUAGUUUUUUGUUGUUGUUAAUAAUUAUUGUGGGUUUUUUAUUUUAUCUUAUUUUUGCAACUGAGUCUCUCAGAGGCCAGACUGGUGUUUAACUCUAGCUCUCUAGAGUGAUCUUGAGUUUCUGAUCUGGCCCUCACCACCUGAGUGCUAAGAAUAUAGGCAUGCUUCCCACGCCCACUGUUCGUGGUGCAGGGCCUUAAACCCAGGGUUUCAUACAUCUGGGUUAGCACCUUAUCAGCUGAUUAUGGUCCUAGUCCUCAACCUCAUCCUCCCACACACACCCCUUUUUUUUUUGGCAAGGUCUCAGUAUGUAGCCCAGGCAGACUACAAACAUACGCUGAUCCUCCUGUUUCAGUCUUCCAGGUACUAGAAAUCCAAGCAUGUGCCACCGUGAUUCCACUCUUAUUUGUGCUACUGGUAGGAGUGUUCUCUUCUGCUUGUUAUCACUGAUGCAAGUCGGGCAGUUUUGUAAAUACAUCAUGAAUAUAUUUCUACUUUUAUCUUUUACUAAGAUUCCAAAGGUCAAAGCACCACUAAUUAGGUAUUACUACCUCACUUUUUAGCUUUUCGUUUUCUUAAGUAACUCUUCUAGUCUGUAAAAUGAAUGCAUUUGAUGUAUUAAUGGUUUUAUGCAUUUAAAAUUCUGUCCUUAUUUUAAAUGAACGUAUUGUUUAAAUGCUUUCAUUUAGUUGUGGAUCUGUUUCUGCUGGAUGUACAUGGCACUAUCUCCAUUUAUGUUGUAAGCAUAUUUACACAUUAUUAUACAUGUUACAUAUACUCAGUUAUCUAGGGACAGUAGCUCUUGCAUCUAAUCACCAAACUCAGGAUGUUGAGGUCGGAGGAUUGAAGGCUCACACCCUGCUUGGCUUAAAGGUGAAACUCUGUCUCCAAAAAUACAGAGAUAUGGCUAUACACAUAUAUGCACAGUAUCUUUUAAUAAACCUGCAGGAUACUGUGUCACAAAGGAUGUAGUUGACAGAUACCUGAAUGCUGUUCUCUUUGUUCUUAUAGCACACUUUGAGAGAGCUUAAGAAUUUUAGCCCCACAGCAAAUGUUUGCAAUGGCCUUCCAAAGAGAAAAGACACUGCUAGUCCAUUGUUGCUGAAACUUGAACAUUCACCAAAGAAAAUCAUCUGGAUGGCCUGUGUACUCGGACUCUGAACUUGCACCUCCAAAGGGAUGCUGAUCCUGGAAGUUAGUGAUCAGGUGUAGCAGUGGCAAUGUUCUAGCACAGUAUCCACUGUGUGAGUAUACUUUGCUCCCAGACUUUGUUCAGUGCAUUGUCUUUAUGUUGCAACUAUUCCAUUUGUAUAGGCAGUGAUUUGAGUCAUUGGUAGAACAUCUUAGGAAAGUACAUUCAUUGUGGACAGUUGAGUCGCCGAAAGUCUCGAUUAUGAUGUACUUGUAAUUUUAGAUGGUUUCAGUGUGGCAGGGUGACUAAGGAAGAGACACACUGGGUUUAUGUAAGAUACACGAUAUUGACCUGAUUUGUGUGUAAUAUUUGUUUGACAGGGUUUUAAUUAUUUAUUAACUAGUAACUUCUUCAUUGUACAUUGGGAUGACGUCAGCUUCUCUUUAUGUUUUACACUUAGCUUAAUUUCAGAAACCUUUCACAGAUUAUUUUCUUCUUUAGGAUACUUUGUAUAUUCAUGUUUCCUCUCCCCUUCACUAGAGGAAAAAUAGCAGUGAUAUAGUCAUAGCAAAUAAAUUAACUAAAACCCCAAAUCUGAGGUUUUAAAAGAGAUUAAUGUUUUCUUUAAUAUUUUCUAUGAAUAUCC